GAGAAAGCAAAGACCCAGGUGAUGAUCAGUGCAGACAUCUCUUACAAGACCUUCCUCUAUAUCGUGGAGUUUCUGUACACAGGCUUUCCCAGCAUUACAGAUGGGACCAGCACAGAGGACCUAGUGGCUUUACAGAAAGCAUCCAAUACAUUCUCCUUGCCUAUGCUGGACAGCAUCGUCAAGAACCUACAGAAUGAUGGAAAGUUCCUGAAUCCUAGCAUUGGAACCUACCUGAAUGACCAGACAGGACAGAGGGCCAAGUGGUUGUUCCUGAACAAACAGACACUGUCUGAUAUCCGAUUCAAAGUUGAAGGCGCAACGGUCUACGCUCACAAGGUGAUGCUGAUAUCUCGCUGUGAGGUCAUGAAUGGAAUGUUCAGCGGAGACUUCACUGAAAGCAGCAAAGAUGAGAUUAGAAUUGAAGACGUGAGUCUGGAGUGUUUCUUGGCCCUCCUGGAGUACCUGUACACUGACCACGCCCCUAUAGAGGAGGGUGAUGCCGUGGGGAUCCUUGUAGCCGCUGAUCAGUAUGGCCAAGAUCGACUGAGAAAUCUCUGUGAGCUGUACAUCUCCAAGGGGGUAGAUGUGACAGAGGAACAUGUGGAUGUCAUUGGACUGUUGCAUACAGCCCAGAUGUGCAAUGCCAGCCAGCUUGCCGAGUGGUGCCUUGGUCUCAUUUCCCGUAACUUUGUGGCCUUCCAGCAGCGGGCGGAGUUUAAGAAGCUGGAGGGGGAGAACCUGAAAUAUGUCACUGAGAACCGCUGGCCUCCUGCGAGCUACCUGAAAAAGGUGGAAAAAUACAAGGCUCAGUGGGGGAAGAAAGGGGACAAAGUAUGACAGAGGGGAAAAUGAGAUGUUUAUUCUGUUUGGUUCUCAGUUUUUUAAAAAGAAUUUAAGAUGCGGAUAAGGUUUUCAUGCAUUUUGUUUACCGGAUAAGUUAGGCUUUCAAUGCAUUAAAGCUGGUUUUAAUCAAAUCAAUUAGUAAUUAAGAAUUAUAUAUAGUUUUUAUACUUUUAUACAUGUUUUAUUCUAUAGGUCAAAUAAACCUUUUCAUAUGUUUCAAGGUUUAGUAUUUAUUACUCCUGGAAAACUGUAUGUUUGGAAACAAUCAUUUCCCCUUUCUGUUAGUGCAGCAACCUUGUGUCUUUAUAUGUAUGGCCAUGCUGGUGUGAGAAGCAGUGUAAUGAAUAAUGUACAUAUAAGUGUUAUGGUAUUGCCAAGUUAGUGGACUUGGUUUUUAUAUGGAUGUAGCAGAAUGUAUCUAAGAAUCAUUCCCUCCAACUCAAGGACGAUGCUGGUACAAUUUCCAAAGUGGUAAAAAAUAUGAAUUGGCAUGGUGGGGCUAGUUCCCCACACCCCAAGUGCAGGAUACACCUGCUUGUCAUCAGCCGAUAUCUAAUGCGUAUUACACGACGAACAUCUAACAAAAGUAACACAGUGCAUUAACAAUGAGCGUCCAUUGGUAUUGCACCGUGCUUCUUUUGUUAGAUGUUUAUAGCGUUAGUGCCGAAAUAUUAUCAAUUUGGAAUUAUUUAGUCAGAGGCCCUUCACACUUAUAACUUGGGAAGAAUAACAGCAAUUUACUAACCAACUGAAUGAAAAUUGGCAUAUUUAAUAAAUGAUUAUGUUAAUGAAACUCAAAGUCUCUCUUGUUAAAGCAAUGAAUUCUACGUUCACAUGUUUUUCGUGAAAUUUCCUACUCCUCUCCGUGAAACUAUUUACCUCCCUUCGGGGUUAAGUGUAUUGAAAGAAGCAGUUUCUAAACUUUUUAAAUAGUUCAAGCAUGCUAUGAGAGUGCAGUUGUGGUAAUGCUAGUCAGUGAGGACACUGUUGAUUUCAUAGAUUUUUCUGUUCAAAUUAUAAUAAACAAGAUGCCCUCGA